AUGGACGUAGUGCGCGAUGCGUAUUCCUUACAGAACGAUUAUUUUCGAGAUAAAAUUGCACUAUUUGCAAGCAUUGUUCAGGCAAUCUACCAAAGGAUUCACGAACGUAACGAAUCAAAACCCCCAACACACCAGAAUAUCGUCAAGGGAUUGAAAGAAAAAGAUUGUUUCUACUUAAAGGCAGACAAAGGGAAUAAGGUUGUUAUAAUUGAUAAAAAGGACUAUUUUGAACGAGUAGAUAGUCUUAUUCAACAUGGUCCUUACACCACAGUUUCAAGAAAUCCCUUAGCAAAAAUGACUAUGGAAAUUAAAAAUACUUUAAAACGAUCUGGCGAGGUUUAUUGUCUUCCCAAGAUGCAUAAACCUGGGAAGGCAAUGAGACCUAUCGUUUCAGCCAUUGGUAAACCAUCAUAUAAUAUUUCAAAAUGGCUAGUUGAAGAAUUCAAGAAACUGAUUAUCUCUUGUGGCAACUUUGAGGUUCCUAACUCUUUUGUUUUUAUGGAGAAACUUAAAGAUAUUCAUUUAGAAGAUAAUGAAAUUUUGGUCUCUUUUGAUGUAAGCUCGUUAUUUCCUAGCGUACCUAUACCACAGACUCUUGAAUACCUUAGGGAAUUACUUCAGUUGAAUAACCUGAGUCCUGAAGCUAUCAACGAAUAUCUUAUUCUUACGAAAUUAUGCAUGGAUCAAAAUUAUUUUCUAUAUAAUAACAAUGUCUAUCAACAGUUGGAGGGAACGGCGAUGGAUAAAUUAAUUAAUAAGCAUAAACACAAAAGAAUGUUAAGGGAAGUCACUAAUCGUCAACAAAAUACGCCAGCAAAAGACCAUUUUGUAGUAAUUCCAUAUGACCCUAGAUAUACUAGAGGAUUAGAAAAAAAUUUUUGA